AUGCCGCUCUUAGGCUCCUCUUCCCCGUUCUCCCCCCGCAUGGCUCCUACCUCCUCCAGCGCCACUCAUUCCAAGCCGUUACCGCAGCAGCAGCAGCAAGAACGUUUCCACCAGCGCCAUCGCGGCAGCCAUGAGAAGCAGCGGCAGCUUCCCACGAAGCAGCAGCACCACCGUCGCGAUUCGCAUGGAUUCGAGGGCUGCUGGCAUAUCUCGGACAUAAGUGCGUUGGCUGCAGCCCUUUCCAAGGCGCAUCGCAUCCUUAUUGUGCCGGGGUAUGGCUUCGCUCUGAGCCGUUGCUUUGCAGAGCUGACCGAAAUCGCCAAGCUGCUGCUUUGCGGCGCAAGAGUCGCCUUCGCCGUGAGUCCUAUUGCGGGUCGCUUAACAGGCCACAUAUCCCUUUACUUGCAAGAGGUUCCCUCCCACUUUAUCAUAACGGGAGAAGAGGCAAAUGCUACCAUCUUUCUUUACGACCUCGCCCUGCUUGUGGGCGCCAACGACAUCGUGAAUCCGCUGCUUCUAGAGAGAAUGAGGCCGAUGGAUGGCGCCAUCAUCGAGGUGUGGAGGUCUCCCCGCGUCUUCGCGUUGAUGCGCUCAAGGGGCCCCCGGGGGCCCCCUGGCAGCCGGCGCAACAACCCCGUUUUUCUCAAUCCGCAGGUGUCGGUUGUGCCGGGGGAAGCAAAGAAGUCUCUCUCGAGCCUGAACAACGCGCUUCGGCAUUUGGGAGUGGGAAAAUCCGGCGAACUUCGGAGCUGGCCGCCCCUCAGGAUCGAAGAGGAGUUUGCAUGCGCAGACACGGAGAGCCGUGCGUGGCCAGCUCCCAAGAAGACGGUCGGGGUGUUGCGCGAGCGCCUUGGGGGUGGGGUUGUUGUACCUCUGGACCCUCCGGGUGUGAAGCGGCUGCGGCAGAUGGGGUUCGCGGUGUUGCUGGAAAGCGCAGGGCAGUCAGAGGGCCCCUACGCCGACGAGGAGUAUGUGGUGUUCGGCGCACAGCUGGGCACUGCGGAGGAGAUCCUCGCGGUGGCAGACGUCGUGAUUCACCCUUCGACCCCCCCGUUGGAGUGCUUCCUGCCCUUCUCGGAGCGGUCGAGCUCGUCAACGGCUCUGCCGGAAAACUCCGCAGCCAUGCAGCGGGAGGGAGCACCCGGCGGGGGAAAUCCUCAGGGAACAGCAGGCAGCGCGAGAAGGGGGGCGAAAAGCCGCCUCCUCCUGUGCUGCCAUCCCGCAGGCCGGUGCUCCGCCCUACUGUCUCUCCUUGCCGAGCUGAACUGGCUCGUUGUCACGUUGGCAGUCUCUUCUCCCGCGAUCCAAGCGAGGGGGAUCGCCACCAGUCCGGGUUUGGAGGCGCUCCGGGGAUACAGGGCAGUCAUCGAGGCGCUGUACGCGCUGCCGCGGCUCGUCAAGGGACUAACGACGGCAGCGGGCCGGAUAGAUCCCGCCUUGGUGCUCGUGCUGGGGGGGGGCACUGCGGCUUUGCAUGCAGCCGCGGCUGCCUACCGGGCGGGGGCAAAGGUGUUUGUGGUCGAUCCCAGCCUCUCUGUGAAGCCGCUCGUCGAGUCGCUGGGGGCAACUUUCCUGGCGAUUCUGUGCGGAGUGCCUUCGUGGGGAGCCUUGGAGGAGUUUCAGGAGCUGCGGGAGCGCUUGAGACGCUUCACCGAGCAGAGCGACAUUGUGAUCUGCAGCCCUGACAGCGCCGCGGGGGAUCCCCCUCCGAAACUGCUGCCGCAAGAGUGGAUGCGCGGGAUGAAGGCGGGAGCUGUGAUCGUCGAUCUGCUGGGGGGGCACCCAGAGGCCGCUACCCGAUGGUUCGGGUCGGUGCAGGGGGGCCCCCAGGGGGCCCCCCCCGCUGGAGAGGGGCCUCCUCGUGGAGUCACUAUUCUGAACGGCAGUGCUCUCGAGUACGCGAUGCCCCGUCAGGCAACGCGGGUUCUAUCCGAAGCGGUCUGCAGCCUCCUGCAGCAGCUCGAGACGACGCGUCAUGAGGGCGGGAUGUCUCUCGAGGAUCCUGUGCUCAGGCGCCUCGUGCUGGUGGAGGGAGGGGCGGUUCUUCCUCCGCAGCACUGGGGAAUCUUCCGGGGAGAGCGCACCGUCUCCCAAGUUACGUCAAACGCGGCAUCGCGGUCAGACUCGCUGCUUCAAGCAGGGCCCUUUUCUUUCGCAGAUCUCGGAAGCAAAUUCUUCGAGGACUAA